UACCCAUUCAUGAAUUAUAAUACUUUAAAUAUGUCAAUUUAAGUAAAAUUGUAUUACAUGAUGAGUCAUCCAUCGGUUCAACCGGUAGCUGAGUCUCAGGUUUUAGGGGGUUUUUGCGGUUUUUAUAGAAUUUUUAAACAACAAUUUCUUUUUGAAAACCAAACCAGAUUACAUAUAGGGUCACCAGUUUUGCUGGUUUUACCGCGGAUCCGGGUCGGAUUUCAGAAUUCUGAAUAUAACGCUUCAUGUGUAACAUUUAUUUGCGGAUACACAAUCAAAAAUACAAAUUUUAUAUCGUAUAAAUUUUAAAAUUUAGUUAAAACAUUAAAAUUCCCCCUUUCCUUCUCUCACAGAUCACUCUAUGGUUGCUGACAAAAGAAAGGAGCCCUAUUACCUUUUUCUCUUUCCAUUUUUGUUGAGCUCCAGCUUUUUUCUCUUCUCCUCGACGUUGAGUUCAUCCACAGAUCUGUCAAAAUUAUCUUCUGCUGAGAAAUUCCUGAUUUAAAAUUAACCCUUUCUUUACUGUCUAUAUAUUUCUUCUUCAACUAAUCUGCCGACAUUUCUUCUUGCUCCGGGAUCCAUCCUAAAGAAUGAAAAAGUCAAAAGACGAUAAGAUGGUGAGAGGAAAGAUAGAGAUGGAGAAAUUACAAAACGCGACGAGUAGACAAGUGACUUUCUCAAAAAGAAGAAAUGGUUUGUUGAAGAAAGCUUAUGAGCUCUCAGUACUCUGUGACGCUCAAAUCUCUCUCAUCAUCUUCUCUCAAAGAGGAAGACUUUACGAGUUCUCUAACUCAGACUUCAAGAAUUGAUAGUCAACUCCACAUAAGCUUGGGCAAGGUCCGAGCAAGAAAGGAGAAACAAUUGUUAGAAGAGAACGUUCAGUUACAUCAAAUGGUAAUUCAUCUUUAUUUCCGAUUAAUAUAUUCAGACAUAUGUAUAGUGAUACUAGUCCAACUUAAAAUUACACUAAGAAUUGAUAAUGUUUAGGAACCUGAAAAUAUUAUCUAAAGAGCCUCUAAUUUUUCGGAACGAUAUUGCCUAGCUAUGUCAUUACAUCUUCCUUUCUUCUAUAGAUAGACGUAUACAAAUGCGAUUUUGUGUGGUCGAUGAAAUUGCAAUCUAUGUUAUGAACAUACUGUCAUGGAUCCAUGGAGAGGGUCAAUUGAUCAACAAGAGAAAUUCAGAGUUGUUGAUCUGAAUUUGGAAGUUCAAACUGAUUUAUACAUCGGCUUGCCAGGGGGACACUGCAAAUAACUUUAUAUUUUAUGUUAACUUUAUAUAACUGCAAAUAACUUUAUGUUAAUUUACGUAAAAAUCCUUAUAAUUCUACAAUAAAUUUCGAGGUCAUGA